GUAGUCACAGCGUCACAGGCGUGGCCGCCAUUGUCCCGCGGGCGGCUGGUGGGGUGGUCGUCUUGCUGGGGGCGUCUCUCUGGCUUGGGGUCGCCUCGGGCUCGGGUGCUCGAUCCUUCGGCCAGGAUGGACUGCGAACACGAAGCGGCAGCGGUGGCGAUGGCCGCGCGGCCGGCGGCGGCACGGCCUCAGGAGCCUGUGACCUUCAGGGAUGUGGCUGUGGACUUCACCCAGGAGGAGUGGGGGCAGCUGGACCCUACCCAGAGGACUCUGUACCGUGACGUGAUGCUGGAGACCUUUGGGCACCUGCUCUCUGUGGGUCCUGAGCUUCCCAAACCUGAAGUCAUCUCCCAGCUGGAGCAAGGGGCUGAACUCUGGGUGGUCGGGAAAGGAGUCACCCAGGGCUGCCAUCCAGGCUGGGAGCUGGCGCCCACAGGGCUGGUGUCACCCAAGGAGCAGGGACUUCCUGAAGAGGAGCUGUGUCCUGCCUCAGAAAGGCAGGGGCUCCCAGAGGACCCUCCUUGUCCCGCCACACCAGAGGGAGCCUGGGAGCUUGAGGGCCAGGGCCAGCCCAUCAGGAAGGGCCUGGACAACUUGAGGGGACUGGAAUUCCUCCUCAAGGAAGCACCACUUCAAAUUCAAGGCUCCAAAAGUCUCAGACUUGGGGAAAACCGUGUCCACGGUUCCAACCCAGAUCCGUUCCCAGAGAUCUCUAGGAGAGACUAUUUCUGUCCUCGUGACUCACAAGUUACACAAGCAGAGCAGGACUCGCUCUCAGUCAGUCAGCAGACUGGCUCCCCAGAACCCCAGCCCUGUGAGCGCCGUGCCCGCCCCAGAGUCCCUGAGCAGGCGGCUCCCGGGGCAGAGCCAGUGCGGAGCCCAGGGCCCGAGAAGCCCUACAAGUGCGCCGACUGCGGAAAGGCCUUCCACCACAAUGCCCACCUCACGGUGCACAAGCGGAUCCACACCGGGGAGAGGCCCUACACGUGCAGGGAGUGCGGCAAGGCCUUCAGCCAGAACUCCUCCCUGGUCCAGCACGAGCGGAUCCACACCGGGGACAAGCCCUACAAGUGUGCUGAGUGCGGGAAGUCCUUCUGCCACAGCACGCACCUCACCGUCCACCGCAGGAUCCACACCGGGGAGAAGCCCUACGCCUGCCAGGACUGCGGCCGGGCCUUCAACCAGAACUCCUCGCUGGGCCGGCACAAGCGGACGCACACAGGAGAGAAGCCGUAUACCUGCAGCGUGUGUGGCAAGUCCUUCUCGCGCACCACCUGCCUCUUCCUGCACCUGCGGACCCACACGGAGGAGAGGCCCUACGAGUGCAGCCACUGUGGGAAGGGCUUCAGGCACAGCUCCUCCCUGGCCCAGCACCAGCGGAAGCACGCUGGUGAGAGGCCCUACGAGUGCCGGCAGAGGCUGGUCCUCCAGCAGGCCCCAGCUCUGACGGGGCACAUGUGGGCCGGCACACUGGGCUGCAACCCACCUCUGCACCAGGAUGAGAGGACUCCCCGCAGCGAUAGGCCCUUCAGGUGUGAUCAGUGUGGGAAGUGCUUCAUUCAGAGCUCCCACCUCAUCCGCCAUCAGAUCACGCACACCCGAGAGGAGGAGCCCGGGGUCCGGGCCCGAAGACGCUGUGGCCGGAGUUCACAACUUGUGCGGCGACAGCCCACAAAGGCAGGAGAGAGCCCUGGGGACCAGUCCAAAGCAGGGCAGCCAGCAGGCAGGGCGCUGGCCUUGUUUGACCUCCGUGAAAUCAUGCAGGAGAACAGCCCCGUGCACGUCAUUGGGGUCGGGGAGCCUUCUCUGGGCGCCUCCGUGUUGUUUGACAUCAGAGAAUCCACAUAGGAGAGAAACUCGGGCAGCCCCUGGACCACGGGUGCAGGAAUGUGAAAGGAAACAGAAUAACCCGAUUUGUCCUGCGAGGGCCUGCAGUCACCACGUGACUCCGCCUGCCCGCAGCUCUUCCCACCUUGUCCGGGGCCUCUGCUGGAGACCAUUGGAAGACCUUCCCUCCGCUGUGAAUGCAGGAAGAGCUCGGCUUUGUUUUCAUGGGAAUCAGAACAUUCUGGCAUGACCAUUUAAAGUCCAGCAUGGGAGACUUCAUGUUGCCACCCUGCAAGUGUCCUGAAGAGAUCAGGGGUUUCUGACCCUCAUCGCACAGUUCCUGACACAAAAAGAACACGUGCCUCACGGCUGGUCUUUCCUGUUGCCCAGCACCAGGCUUGUACUUGCCCAAGGUGUCAGCCUGCUCUUUGGCCUAAGGGAGACCAGCUUUGGCCUGCCCAUGUGCCCUGGCCACAGCCCCUGCCUAGCCUGCAGGACUGGGCACGCGCUGCCCUGGCUCCAGGCAGGCGGUUCCUCCACGGGGAUCGCCCAUCGCCGCUGUGAAGGCACAGUGGCCGGUGGGAGGAGGGAUCAUGACCAUCUCCAUGUGUGAAAACUGGUCCCCAACCAUAAACUGCAGGAGCACUGUUGGAUCACCUGGGUACAGAGCGGGCAGAGCGGUCUCCCUGGGAGAAUCCCACUACGCAGGGUGAUUGGGCGGCAGCACACACUGUCCCCGAGAUUCCCGCCACCCCUUGUUCCUCAGAUGCUGGGAAGGCCACCUGGUGGGGUUUCUGUAGGGCAGCCUGGCUUCUUUGAUGCUCUGGAUCAACCUUAGGUCUGUCACCAGAGGUAGGACCCCGACCUGGCCUUGGGGUCCUUCCCUGCACUGGGCUCUCCCUCGGGGGAUGUCCUCCUGUUCCUCUUCCCACCUCUGAACUCACAGUGACUCUGUGGUCAUCCCUUGCCCCGGGCCACUUGCUGGUUCACUGUGAGCGUUUACAUAGCUACCAGCUUGGCCUGUGAUAGUUCUGUGAAGUCGUUGCAUUUUACAGAUGAGGAAAACUAGUCACAGGGCAGAAAUGACCAGCUGCUGCAACUGGAGUAACCAGUGCAGGUCCAGGGGUAGGAAAUGGUGGACUCAGUUUAGUGUCAGCACCCAGUCAACAGUGGCCAGAACAAGUGGGCUUUGUUUAGGGACCAACUUCAGCCACUCGGCCAGGGCAGAGCCAGGGUGCUCUGCAGUUCUUGCAGCCUUUCCCUCAUGGGCUCAGAAAGCGCUGAAACCCCAGGCAUCACGCCUGUUGUUGAGACUGGAAGUGUCCGGGGAGAACAGGCCAACACUCAUCUCUGAUGGAGCUUCAAAGCAAAGCCUUUCCUGGGAGCCUCGGCUGCGUGUUCGAUAUGACACUGUCCCCCAAGACGGAGUCACAGCCCACUUAGCGUUUCUAAUCUGGUGGACAGGUCGUGGGCAGGGGGUGCUGGAUCGGCGGCACCCCGGCUCCAGUGUUCCCACUCCGGCGGUGCCAGCUCCUGCCCAGACCCUCUGACCUCUGCUGCACAGAAGCUGCCGAGCCCCUAAUGGGGCCGCGGGCAUUGCCUCUGCACCCAGACCUCCGGCCUGCUGACCCUGCAGCUCUCCACCUCGGCCUCUGGGACUCACAGCCUCUUCAGGGCUCCAGCUUUCCCCUCGCCCUCCCAAGCAUCAGGGUCCCACGGUAGACGGGAUGGUGGGCCUUAUCUACACCAUGGCUUUGUCUCCCACCCCACACCGGAGCCUCUGGUGCUUCUGGGUGUUCUGAACUCCAGGCCCAAGCAGCCUGCCAUUGGGCAGCUCCAAAGCGUGUGCGGUCAGCUCGGGAACCCAGCCUGCCUGUUGCUUUGGUGGACGCGUGCCAUCCCACUGUGCUCCUCCCCAUCCUCACAAGCGCCCUGCAGGCAUCUCGGGUCUGUUUGCUUUGUCCACCCCAGCCCCCCAGGACAGCCCUCGGAGGAGGCGUGGCCUCUGCAGGUGAGGCAGCAGGAUGUGACGCAGCCUGGCAACAGGCCUCACCUGGACCUUUCUGUCCUUACUGCCCCGUGUGGAGCGUGGGUGCAGAGGAAGGCUCCUCCCUCCAGGGCAGGGACACCGGCAGCCAGGACACGUCCAGGGCUCUGAGGCCGGGCAUGGGCCACCCUUUCCCUUCACCUUGGCCCCAAAGUCACAUCCUGAGGGGAGGAGCUGGGGGUGGCAGAUAGGGGACCCUCUGAGUGAGAUGGGAACAAACUGGCAGAGGAAUGGGCAGUGGAAAUGAGCAUCUCAGUUUAUCCUCAGUUCUUGUCCAGGUGCAAUGUUCCUUCCCAUUUCCUUAAUGUUUUGAAAUAGACAAACUCCUCAGGGGAAAUUACUGAAAACUAGGGGAAAUUCAUGGUUUUAUCUGUAUGUGAGAGUAACUCAGUCCUCUGUAGCCAGACUUGGAAAAUGCACAGAAAGUUUUUAACAAGUGAAAAUUCGUUUAAAAAAAUCUUCAUACUUUAACCAUCUACAAAUAGUAUCACCACAUAGAUUUUCUAUUUUUCCUUGAAGUUUUUAUUGAAAUAUGUAUACAUGUAAACAUAGUGUCCAUCAAAUCAAAUGUAGUGACUUCAUGCAGGAACCCGAAAUCCUCCUGGCUCCCUCCUAACAGGCACUCAUUAUAUUUUGAGCUUUUUCCCUACAGAGAAGUUCAUGCAGCUUGUAAAGCCGCCUUUCAGGGGAUCCUAACAAUGUGCCCCACUGUUUGCCCUGCCCGGUGUCUCGGGCGUGGGAGCACCCGGGGCAGUCCAGUUGGCCACUGAGCCCCGAGUACCAGGCCCAUCCCGCACCAUCUACUAUGCUGCUGGUCUCACAGCAACCUCCACAUGCACCGUGGAGAGCGGUUAGUGAGGGACCACAGCUGUCCAGGCGGGGUCAGUCCUUUCACACCAACAUGGGCCAGAGUGGAAGCAAGCACGGUGUGCACCUGGUGUGCUUCCAUUUGCUUAAAGAGGAAUCUGCUGCUCGCACAGUCUCUGAAAGGAUAGACACACUGGGGAGCAGUGGGGGCCAGAGGAGGAAUAAUUCUCACUCUGUGUCUUUAUAUUUUUGGAAUUUUGAAACCUGUAAAAGUAUUACGUUACAAAAAUAAAUUUAACAAAAACCUUCU